AUGGCCUUAGACGAUCGCCCAUGUAAUUGCCAGGGUGUGGGGAUUACAUGUAUCUCAUCAUUAAUUUGGUUGCCAACUUCAGACCUACAUACUUGGAGCGGCAUAAAUGCCUGGAACGACUCUUGUGUCAGUCCUGAGAUAGAAGAUUAUAAAAAGCCAGAAUAUUCAUCCGAAGAUUUCCUUUUCCCUUGUUUUGAAGCUAAAGAGCAGUACAAAAAUUACAUCAUAAAAGUUGGAGAACACUGCAAACCUUUCCUCUGCGUUUUGACUUGGUGUAAGGGGUUCUGUUCCACCAGCGAUUGCACAGCAAGAGGUUUACUCAGAGGGAAGUUCAAUAAAAAAAGUGUCAGGGGUCGAAGAGAUCGAUGA